UAUCUUAUGAAUUGUGUAAUUGCUGAUAAUGAGGGAGAGAUAGGAAUAAAAAGGAAGCGUUAUACUCACUUCGACGACCUUCCCAAUGGAGUACCAGCCAGCACCGUCGUCAUCAUAUCCAGCACCGCCCUCAACUUCGGCUCCGGUGCCUCCAGGUCCACCUCCAUUGCAGCCAGACCCUAGGUUUGAACAGCCGGUCUCUACGCCUUUCGCCGGGACGGAUCUGCAAUCGAUAAGGACUGCCUGUGAAUACUCGUUGGGCGAGUAUAUCUCGCUGCACAAAAGACGACAGUAUGACGACCCGGCUAGCGAGCGUUGUCUUCAAGCGCAGCAGAGCAUUAUAAUGAGCGACUUGCAGCUGUUGCGGAGUGAGGUAUCGGACUUAGCUAAGGCGGCCGAGGCGCAUAGAUGGCGACGAUGGCUUUUAGGUGGUCUAGUGGCGUCUUUCAUUCCCGCCAUCCGUAGGGUUUUCCGCCGUUCGUCGAAAGACAAAGAGUCCAACGACACCGAAUACGCCUUCAAGAGAAGCAAGGGUCUCAUUUCUCGCAUCUUGGAUUCCGUUCAUGGCAAGGGCAAGUUUGCCUCGAUAGCCUUCUUUGUACUGGCUAUCCUGUACGUAUUUCAGAGCGAGGUAUCGAUGCGCGUAGCAAGAACGGUAUCCAAACGCUUGAAACGGCUCAUGGCCAAGAUCGAAAGGGGAGAUCAGGGUCUUGGGGAAGACGACGUGAAACUCCUCAAGGGCUGGCGUUGGCGCGUGCUACUGUGGUAGUAGUUAGAUAACAGAGGUUGUGUUUUAUGAAGUCUUUCCAUGCUGUACUGUAUCUCUUGUAUCUAGACGUAAAAAUGCCCCCUGUUUAAUCAUACUAAUAUAGAUACACCAGUGAGUGCUAUCAUAUUUAGCCCUGAGCAUAUAGAGGAAUACCAGCACCGAGUUUUACAAUAUAGUUGAAACAAAUCCAUACCAUGGGGGAUUAUAUCCGAAGGAUAUACACAUGCGUGGAUAUGCUAUCUAGCU